GGUACAUUUCCACACACACCAGGAAAUGUGAGCGUCACACUAAGCUCACAUUUCCUCCCACUCACACCUGCAGUUUGACAAUGGGAGGAGGAGGAGCCAACAGGUGGAGAAAAGCCAGAGCUCACAGGCUCCGCCCACUGCUGCGUCACAUGUUGUUGAGAUCAGAGCUCAAACCGGUUCCAGUUCUGAGGUAGUCGUGGUGACAGAGUGCUGAAAUGGCCGGAGUUCAGCUGCAGAGAGAAACCUUCUGUUGUUCCAUCUGUUUGGAGCCACUGAAGGAUCCGGUGACUCUCACCUGUGGACACAGCUUCUGUAUGAACUGUAUUAAAGACCACUGGGACUCAGAGGAGCAGAAGAGGAUGUACAGCUGCCCUCAGUGUAGGAAGAUCUUCAUCUCGAGGCCUGAACUGUUAAAAAACGUCAUGUUAGCAGAUUUAGUGGAGGAGCUGAAGAAGACUGGACUCCACACUGCUCCUGCUGAUCACUGCUAUGCUGGAGCUGAAGAUGUGGCCUGUGAUGUCUGCACUGGCAGGAAACUGAAAGCUCUCAAGUCCUGUUUGGUUUGUUUGGCCUCUUACUGUGAGGAACAUCUCCAGCCUCAUCAUCACUCACCUGCAUUAAAGAAACACAAGCUGGUGGAGCCGUCCAAGAACCUCCAGGAGAACAUCUGCCCUCGUCACAACGAGGUGAUGAAGAUGUUCUGCCGCACUGAUCAGCAGUGCAUCUGUUAUCUCUGCUCUGUGGAAGAACAUAAAGACCACGACACGGUCUCAGCUGCAGCAGAGAGGACUGACAAGCAGAGAGAGCUGGAUCUGAGUCGAGAAGAAGUCCAGCAGAGACUCCAGGACAGAGACAGAGGCGUGAAGGUGCUUCAACAGGAGAGGAAGACUCUCACUCUCACUGCUGAUAAAGCCGUGGAGGACACAGACAAGAUCUUCACCGAGAUGAUGGGUCUCCUGCAGAGGAGAAGCUCUGACGUGAAGCAGCAGAUCAGAUCCAAGCAGGAAACCGAAGUGAGACGAGUCACAGACGCCGAGAAGAAGCUUCAGCAGGAGCUCACUGAGCUGAAGAAGAGAGAAGCUGAACUGAAGCAGCUCUCACUCACACAUGACCACAACCAGUUUCUCCUCAACUACCACUCACUGUCAGCACUCAGUCCAUCCACACACUCGUCCACCAUCCACGUCCGUCCUCUGAGACACUUUGAGGACGUGACAGCGGCCGUGGCAAAGGUCAGAUGUCAACUGCAGGAUGUCCUGACUGAGACGUGGACAAACAUCUCACUGGCUGUGACUGAAGUAGAUGUUUUACUGACAGAACCAGAACCAGAACCACGACCACAACCAAAGACCAGAGCUGAACUCUUCAGAUAUUUACAGGAAAUCAAACUGGAUCCAAACACAGCAAACACACGUCUGUUAUUAUCUGAGGGAGACAGAAAAGUGACAGUAAUGAAGGAAGAUCAGUCUUAUCCUCAUCACACAGACAGAUUCACUGGUUGGUGUCAUCGCGUCAUGAGUAAAGAGAGUCUGACUGGACGUUGUUACUGGGAGAUGGAGUGGACAGGAAGAGGAGGAGUUUGUGUGGCAGUGACGUACAAGAACAUCAGCAGAUCAGGGAGAUCACGUGAAUGUGGAUUUGGAUUCAGUGACAAAUCUUGGGCUUUAGUUUGUAAACAAAAGAGCUGUACGUUUGUUCACAACAGUAUCGUGGCUGACGUCUCAGGUGGUUUGUCCUCCAGAGUGGGAGUUUACCUGGACCACAGAGCAGGUCUUCUGUCCUUCUACAGAGUCUCCAACACCAUGACUCUGCUCCACAGAGUCCAGACCACAUUCACUCAGCCUCUCUAUGCUGGGGUUUGGUUUUAUUAUCCUUCACCUGGAGACACAGCUGAGAUCUAUAAACUCAAAUAGACUGGAGUUCUUUCAGGAGCAGUGAGUUAAACUCGUGUUUAAAUCUUUAACUUCUCUGCUCUCAUCGCAACGACAACAACAACAUUAACAAAAAUGUUUUUUUAAAUUUAAAAUUCCUCAGUUUCAUGUUUAAAUUCCUCAAAUCUCUUGUUCCUGGGUCUCAAUGGGAGAAAGAAUUACACUUUAAAAUAGAACAAAGUGCUGAAACAUAAGCAUAGAACUUCAGCCUCUAUAAUCAUUUAUUUUGUCUGCAUG